AUAAAUACACCUAUUCUGCCUUCACGCACUGUCACAAAGGGAUCUUCGUUCACUCAAGAGACACACUUCAGGAUUUUUCCUCCUUUUCAACCUCUGUCCCAGGAUGAUUGCAGCGCUCUGUCCUAAUUUUAUCUCCAGAAAGUCUUCCCAUUCAGCCUGCCUACUAUUUCUCCUUCUGCUUGCUGGGCCGAGCAGCACAUUAGCGCUUGGUGGUGGAGGUAGAGUAAAGGCAGGGCAGGAGGGACGACCAAGGGCUGAGGGUAGGUUUAGAUCUGGAGUAAAGGACAAAGGUGGGGACAGGGCAAGUAUUGAGGGCAAAACUGAAACUGGGUUUGGAGAUACUCGCGUUUCUAAACAAGAAGCUGCAAUGCGAGAGGAUGGUGAGGUGUGGGGGGAGCCUGGUGUUACUACUGGCUUAAGGCCCAUGUUCUCUAUGGGUGAGGGUGGACUAUGGGAGCCCCGCAGUUCCUCUCGCUGUGUCCCCAUCCCAUCAGGCAUGGCCCUGUGCCAAAACAUUGGCUAUGACACCAUGAGGAUGCCCAACCUGCUGGGCCACGAGUCUCCAGCUGAGGCCGUACAACAGAGUGCCAGCUGGUUGCCGCUACUUGCCCGAGAGUGCCACCCUGAUGCCCGCAUCUUCCUCUGCUCUCUUUUUGCACCCAUCUGCCUUGACAGGUUUAUAUCGCCUUGCAGGAGUUUGUGCGAAUCUGUACGAGACAGCUGUGCACCAAUCAUGAGUUGUUAUGGCUACCCCUGGCCAGAAAUUCUACGCUGUGACCAGUAUCCUGCAGAUCAUCUCAUGUGUAUCUCUUCCAUUACCAACAGCACUGGUCAAACAGGGGGGCGUAGAGCGCCUCAGGCAAGCUGUCGGGAUUGUGAGCUGGAGGAGGCCUCCUCUUCAAAAGAUACACUAGAUACCUUUUGUAGGAGUGAUUUUGUUGUGAAACUGCGUCUGACACGGCUCAAGUACAGUCCAGUAAGCCUGUCUCAGUUCUCACUGGCUGCCAAAUUGGAUGUUUUGAAGCAUGGACCCUUGUUGGGUGGACAGAUACGCUCCCGCAUUGAGCUGUGGCUGGAGAGAGAUGCCACCUGUGUAAGGAACAUGACACGACAACAUCCACGAGGCGGCACCUUCCUAGUGACAGGCACAGUGCAGGGGGAACGCCUGGUUGUUAAUAAGGCUUAUGCCUGGCAGAGGCAAGACAAGAACCUGAUGGCAGCUGCACGCAAAUGGAAACAUCACCGAUGUAGGACCUAGGAUUAUGUGCAAUAUUAGAGAAAGAACAGCAAUGUGUACCAAGUAUUAAACAGCUAGGCUAUAGUUAGGGAAAGCAUAGGCAUAGCUUUUAGAAUUUGAACGCAUGGCUAAAACUGUAAAUUACAAUUGCUCAAGUUUUUUUUAAAUCAUGUUCAAACCUCUGUGGUUAUGGAAGAGAUAAUAUGCAGUCAGCUGGUCACAAAGGAGCUCAGAACAGUACAAACACUGUGUCGGUACAGUGGUGGUCAUAGAAAUAAAAGAUGUUUGAUGGAAAAUGUACAUAUCUGUGAAUUUUAAGUAAAUAUUGCUGGUCUAUAUUUGUAUGGCUUUGAGAAAAAAUUAAAUUUUGUGUUCUAAAUCUUGAUGAAAUGCCUUUUAUUCAUGAGUAGCGCAUCAUACCU